GAUUCAACUACACAAACCACACUUUUUGUUAAAAAUUCAGCGAAAAAGCUCAGAAAAAAAAAAAAAAAAAACCCACAGAGCACAGAGAGCUGGGACACCAACCCCUAACCCCAAUUCCAAUUCCAAGUUCCCUAAAUCCAAUCUCCGGCUCUUAAGACUGUUUAUCAUGGAAAACUGAACCCUACCGCUUCUGUUUCUAUCUUUCACUCUAUCAAAAAUUAAAGAGAGCUUCAAUGAGUGGAACCAAUCUCCCACCGCCACAAGACGCAUGGGUUCACACUUACCACAAAUUACUCCCCCACUGGCAAUCCCUCUCUUCCUCUUCCUCUCCCCAGUCUAUCAUCCCAAUUUCAAUAUCGAGAGUAAAUCAAUUUGAUGCGGCAAGACUGGACAUUGAAAUGUCAGCUAUGUUGAAAGAACAAAUGGUUAAGGUUUUCUCUUUAAUGAAGCCAGGAAUGCUAUUUCAAUACGAAGCAGAGCUUGAUGCUUUCCUCGAGUUUCUUAUUUGGAGGUUCUCAAUUUGGGUAGAUAAGCCUACUCCUGGAAUUGCUCUUAUGAAUUUGAGGUAUAGAGAUGAACGUGCAGUGGAAACAAGAGGAAAAGUCAGAACUGGCCUAGAAGGGCCUGGUCUUACAGUUGCACAGAAGAUUUGGUAUUGUGUUGCUUCUGUUGGCGGUCAAUACAUUUGGGCUCGUUUGCAGUCAUUUUCUGCUUUUCGUAGAUGGGGAGAUUCUGAGCAGAGGCCACUGGCACGUCGAGCCUGGAUUUUGAUACAACGAAUUGAAGGAUUUUAUAAAGCUGCGUCAUUUUGCAACCUGCUUAUAUUUCUUUACACAGGAAGGUAUAGGAAUCUUAUUGAAAGAGCUUUGAGAGCUAGGCUUGUCUAUGGAAGCCCCAUUAUGAACAGAGCUGUUAGCUUUGAGUACAUGAACCGCCAGUUAGUGUGGAAUGAAUUUUCGGAAAUGUUGUUGUUGCUUCUUCCUCUUUUGAACUCAUCAUCUGUGAAAAACUUUCUCCGUCCAUUUUCCAAGGAUAAGUCUUCAACAUCUGCAGAAGAUGACUCGGCUUGUCCUAUUUGCCAGGCUAAUCCUACCACUCCAUUUCUUGCGCUCCCCUGUGAGCACAGAUACUGUUACUACUGCCUUAGGACCCGGUGUGCUGCAGUUCCAUCAUUCAGAUGCUCAAGAUGCAAUGAGCCAGUUAUUGCUCUGAGGCGGCAUGGUGCGGUCAGUAACUCAGUCCCAAAAUAGUGAUUACGAAAGAAUGAGACGUGAAUUCAUUGAAAAAGCGUUUAAUAUAAAGUAUACAAAAUAAUGUGGAAUAAUGCUUGACAAUAACAUUGUUUCUUUCUCAUUUAUUAAGCAUUACCUUUUAGGGGGGGGAAGUAACAUUUCAAUUGCAAAAUCAAAUUCCUUGUUAAAAAAAAAAAAAAAAAAAAAUUCAUAUUCAUUCAUCUAUUGAGUGGAGAGGUUCAUUCUUUUUAGUCUUCUCUGCCCUUUCAUAUCGAAACUCUCCCAUCAUUUUUGUCUUCUUCGUACAGAAAACUAAUUUGUUAAGUUAUAUCCAUGGAAGGAUAGAUGUUAAAAGCUAUCUUGUAUUACUUUCUACUACAAAUGGAGAGUACCACUGCUAAGUGGAUUAUUAUUA